AUGGUGGUAGAGUGGCUCUGUCCUGGACUUCGGCCAGCCGGAAGCCGUAGGCCUCGUCUUCUUCACUGCAAGGUGAUACUUCUCGACGAGCACGAACUGCUGCAGGAUGUCUUGAGUUCGAACCUUGGCCAAGAGCUGCUGGACAGAGUGUUCAGGCAUCUGAAUUUAUUGGAGACUGCGUACUUCGGCCUGCGUUACCUGGAUCACGGGAAUCAGACGCAAUGGCUCGACCCAAGCAAGAAGAUCGGGAAACAGCUGAAAGUCCAAAAAGGGGAUCCAAGCUCGGACGUUCACACCCUCUACUUCGGCGUGAAAUUCUACGCUGCGGACCCCUGCAAGCUCAUCGAAGAGAUCACAAGGUACCAGUUUUUCCUGCAAGUCAAACAGGAUAUCCUGCAAGGAAGACUGCCAGUGUCGUUCGACUUGGCUGCGGAACUGGGGGCUUACGUGGUUCAAUCGGAACUCGGAGAUUACGAUCCAAGACGACAUUCCUUGGGUUAUGUUACCGAAUUUCGAUUCUUAGCCAAUCAGACCACGGAACUGGAGAACCGUAUUGUGGAGCUUCAUAAAACUCUUGUAGGACAAUUACCUUCCGCGGCGGAGCUGAAUUAUCUUGACAAGGUGAAAUGGCUCGAAAUGUACGGGGUCGAUUUGCAUCCCGUUCUGGGCGAGGAUAGCGUGGAAUAUUUUCUGGGCCUGACACCGAGUGGGAUAAUAUUGUUGCGUAACAAGACCAAAGUGGGAAAUUACUAUUGGCCUCGAAUCAAUAAAAUCUAUUACAAGGGUAGAUACUUCAUGCUGAGGGUGAGCGAGAAGAAUUCCGAGGAGCGAACACACGGUUUCGAGACACCGUCAAAGGGAGCGUGCAGACACCUGUGGAAAUGCUGUCUGGAGCACCAGGCGUUCUUCCGUUUAAUGGCCACGGGGCCGCCGCCCCUCAGCCCGUAUUCCCGUUUCCGAUCGUACAGCCCGCCGUCCGGAUCAGAGAAGCACACGUUGAUCAGACGGAAUCCAGCACCGAUAUUUCAACGGACACCGAGUCGUAGAGCGCAACGACGCGUGGUCGAGGGCCAAGAAAUGGUCGGUCCGUUCGUGGAGACACCUGCCACCGUGAACGUUAAUUCGACCGGCAAUCCAGCCAGUGGGAAUGUGUUGUGCAAUACACAGAACGCCAGACAGGCGAACAAUUCGAGCCCGAGGAGCACCAGGAGCGCCCCGUGGACUCAAAGCCAGCCUCGGGGCCUUUAUACUUCGUCUAGUCCUCGGUCGGUCCGCUCCGCAGGAACGGCACCGGCACUCUUGAGCAGGCUCCAGCGAAGGAGCAGCUCCGUCGAGAGCCAAAGUUCAGGGGACAGCCAUAGUCGCAGCGGUCAUCGUAGGAGAAGUCAUAGUCAUAGUCAUCGAAGGCACAGUCGUCACUCCGACUGUGAAUCCGAGCUUUCACGAGGUUCGGACACCAGGUCGGGACAUCGUAAGCAUCGUAGGAAGCACAGAAGCUCCCGUUCUUCUAGACACGAAUUGGUGGACUCUGAACCGCAAUGGAGGGAAGCACAGAAGCGGAAAGGCGAAGGAGUCCAACGGGCUGUUGUGAGCCAUACAGAACCUAGAAGAAGGCACAGGAGUAGACAUCGGAGUCCUUCUCAGAAACAGCCACUGCCAGACGAGCUUAGGAAACAUUUGGAGUUUGGGCUAGUCGACACAACCGGAAUGAGCGAGCAGCAACGCCGAGAGAUACCGUACACGGUGGUUCAAGCGCAAUCUGUACAGCAAUGUCCCUUACAGUCUAGCAAUUCCCGAUUGGACGAGGCAGACUCGUCCUCUCUGCCUAGAACGAUCGGAUCCAUUGGCAAAAGAAACAGAAGAAUGAUACAGCAUAGUCGCGACGGAAGUUAUAAUUUGCCACCGACCAGGCCGUGUCAAAUCGAGGCUAAGUACUACGACGGUAGUAGGACCGAGUGCAAUAUGAGGAAGGACUUUUAUUAUACUCGUAACAACAGAAUAUUGAUAGGCAGUAACGUGGACAGUGGCCUCGGGGAAAGCACACCGCAGGAAUUUUCAAGCUGCUGCUCAAGCUCUGCCGACAGCGCUAAACCUACCCGUGUAACGCAAUUGCAAUUAGGGGGAGAGGUACGCUAUGAACUGUCUUCAAAUCAAGAAAUCUACCCUCCUGUUGAUACUACUCUGGAUGCUGUUCUGCAGCCCAUUAUAUCAACUUUAACAAGGAGGCAACGUCACCGGCCGAAAUGAGCAUGAAGCUUUAAAUGAAUACAAA